AUGCUCCAGCAGGACUGCCAAAAAGUCUCACGAGGGUGUUUUGUCAACAGGAAAAACAUGGAUGACUGCCCCCACUCCCCCCUCAAGCCGUCCCCCCCAUCAGCCCACUCCCCCCUCAAGCUCUCCACUGUGGGUAUGUUCCAGGCCGCCGUGCGCUCUGACAGCCUCACACUACAGCAUCAGUCCAACAGCAUCAGUCCAUCAGGAUCAGUCCAACAGCAUCAGUCCAACAGCAUCAGUCCAACAGCAUCAGUCCAACGGCAUCAGUCCAACGACAUCAGUCCAACGACAUCAGUCACACAGCAUCAGUCCAACAGCAUCAGUCCAACAGCAUCAGUCCAACAGCAUCAGUCCAACAGCAGGUCAGUCCAACAGCAUCAGUCCAACAGCAGGUCAGUCCAACAGCAGGUCAGUCUACCGCAUCAGUCCAACAGCAGGUCAGUCCAACAGCAUCAGUCCAACAGCAGGUCAGUCUACCGCAUCAGUCCAACAGCAGGUCAGUCCAACAGCAGGUCAGUCCAACAGCCUCAGAGUACAGCAUCAGUCCAACAGCAUCAGUCCAACAGCAGGUCAGUCCAACAGCAUCAGUCCAACAGCAGGUCAGUCCAACAGCAUCAGUCCAACAGCAGGUCAGUCCAACAGCAUCAGUCCAACAGCAGGUCAGUCCAACAGCAUCAGUCCAACAGCAGGUCAGUCUACCGCAUCAGUCCAACAGCAGGUCAGUCCAACAGCAUCAGUCCAACAGCAGCCUCUGCUCCUAUCUCCCCCUCUUCCCUCUCUCUCCUCCUGCUCCUCGACUUCAUUCUCUUCAUCUGCUCCUUUCUCAGCCUCUUUCCUCUAUCUCCUCCUGCUCCUCGGCCUCCUCUCACCCGCUCCUCCCUCUUGCUCCUACUGCUCAUCAACCUCCUUAUUCUCUCCCUUUGCUCCUCUCUCCCUGUCUUUUCUCUCUUUCCUCCCUCUGUCCUUCUGCUCAUCUCUCCCUCUCUUCUCUCUCUCUCCUCCUGCUCUUCGGCCUUCCCCUCUCCACCUCUCUCUCCUCCUGCUCCUCCCUCUGUCCUUCAGCUCAUCUCUCCCCUCUCUCUCUCUCUCCUCCUGCUCCUCCCUCUGUCCUUCUGCUCAUCUCUCCCCUCUCUCUCUCUCUCCUUCUGCUCCUCCCUCUGUCCUUCUGCUCAUCUCUCCCCUCUUUCUCUCUCUCCUUCUGCUCCUCCCUCUGUCUUUCUGCUCAUCUCUCCCCCUCUCCACCUCUCUCCUCCGGCUCCUCCCUCUGUCCUGCUGCUCUCUCCCCUCUCUCUCUCUCCUCCUGCUCCUCCCUCUGUCCUUCUGCUCAUCUCUCCCCCUCUCCACCUCUCUCCUCCUGCUCCUCCCACUGUCCUGCUCCUCUCUCCCCUCUCUCUCUCUCCUCCUGCUCCUCCCUCUGUCCUUCUGCUCAUCUCUCCCUCUCUUCUCUCUCUCUCCUCCUGCUCUUCGGCCUUCCCCUCUCCACCUCUCUCUCCUCCUGCUCCUCCCUCUGUCCUUCAGCUCAUCUCUCCCCUCUCUCUCUCUCUCCUUCUGCUCCUCCCUCUGUCUUUCUGCUCAUCUCUCCACCUCUCUCCUCCUGCUCCUCCCUCUGUCCUUCAGCUCAUCUCUCCCCUCUCUCUCUCUCUCUCUCUCUCUUCUGCUCCUCCCUCUGUCUUUCUGCUCAUCUCUCCCCCUCUCCACCUCUCUCCUCCUGCUCCUCCCUCUGUCCUGCUGCUCUCUCCCCUCUCUCUCUCUCCUCCUGCUCCUCCCUCUGUCCUUCUGCUCAUCUCUCCCCCUCUCCACCUCUCUCCUCCUGCUCCUCCCACUGUCCUGCUCCUCUCUCCCCUCUCUCUCUCUCCUCCUGCUCCUCCCUCUGUCCUUCUGCUCAUCUCUCCCUCUCUUCUCUCUCUCUCCUCCUGCUCUUCGGCCUUCCCCUCUCCACCUCUCUCUCCUCCUGCUCCUCCCUCUGUCCUUCAGCUCAUCUCUCCCCUCUCUCUCUCUCUCCUCCUGCUCCUCCCUCUGUCCUUCUGCUCAUCUCUCCCCUCUCUCUCUCUCUCCUUCUGCUCCUCCCUCUGUCCUUCUGCUCAUCUCUCCCCUCUUUCUCUCUCUCCUUCUGCUCCUCCCUCUGUCUUUCUGCUCAUCUCUCCCCCUCUCCACCUCUCUCCUCCUGCUCCUCCCUCUGUCCUGCUGCUCUCUCCCCUCUCUCUCUCUCCUCCUGCUCCUCCCUCUGUCCUUCUGCUCAUCUCUCCCCCUCUCCACCUCUCUCCUCCUGCUCCUCCCACUGUCCUGCUCCUCUCUCCCCUCUCUCUCUCUCCUCCUGCUCCUCCCUCUGUCCUUCUGCUCAUCUCUCCCUCUCUCUCUCUCUCUCUCCUCCUGCUCUUCGGCCUUCCCCUCUCCACCUCUCUCUCCUCCUGCUCCUCCCUCUGUCCUUCAGCUCAUCUCUCCCCUCUCUCUCUCUCUCCUUCUGCUCCUCCCUCUGUCUUUCUGCUCAUCUCUCCACCUCUCUCCUCCUGCUCCUCCCUCUGUCCUUCAGCUCAUCUCUCCCCUCUCUCUCUCUCUCUCCUUCUGCUCCUCCCUCUGUCUUUCUGCUCAUCUCUCCCCCUCUCCACCUCUCUCCUCCUGCUCCUCCCUCUGUCCUGCUGCUCUCUCCCCUCUCUCUCUCUCCUCCUGCUCCUCCCUCUGUCCUUCUGCUCAUCUCUCCCCCUCUCCACCUCUCUCCUCCUGCUCCUCCCACUGUCCUGCUCCUCUCUCCCCUCUCUCUCUCUCCUCCUGCUCCUCCCUCCUCCCUCUGUCCUUCUGCUCAUCUCUCCCUCUCUUCUCUCUCUCUCCUCCUGCUCUUCGGCCUUCCCCUCUCCACCUCUCUCUCCUCCUGCUCCUCCCUCUGUCCUUCAGCUCAUCUCUCCCCUCUCUCUCUCUCUCUCCUUCUGCUCCUCCCUCUGUCUUUCUGCUCAUCUCUCCCACCUCUCUCCUCCUGCUCCUCCCUCUGUCCUGCUGCUCUCUCCCCUCUCUCUCUCUCUUCCUGCUCCUCCCUCUGUCCUUCUGCUCCUCUCUCCCCCUCUCCACCUCUCUCCUUCUGCUCCUCCCUCUGUCCUGCUGCUCUCUCCCCUCUCUCUCUCCUCCUGCUCCUCCCUCUGUCCUUCUGCUCCUCUCUCCCUCUCUCCACCUCUCUCUCCUCCUGCUCUUCGGCCUCCUCCCUCUGUCCUUCUGCUCCUCUCUCCCCCUCUCCACCUCUUUCUCCUAAGUGUGUGA